GACAGCAUGGCGGAUAGAUUUUUCACUCCAUCCUUUGCUAUUUAGUGUUUUGUUGUUGUUAUAGCGUAAGAUUAAAUGUCAGUGAUUUAAAGCGCAGCGCCGCAGUGAGUGAGAGUCAGUAUCUUCUUAUAGUGAAGAAGCAGAAUGCGACACUUCGCGGCUCGGAGCUGAAGCAGCCGUUACACCGCCGUCUGUUUGUCUGUCUGUCUGUCUGCGUCGUGACUUGUGACCCAGUUUGGUUUGUUUUCCUAGACUGACCUGAGUUGGUUGAAACAUCAUGAGCCCGAACAUGGACCAAAGAGGGGUUCUUCUUAAUUCAGUAACUCUUACUUGAGUAAAAGAAGAAAUCAAAUUAGCCUCGGUGGGGAAAAAACACCAAAAACUAACAAUGGGUGAAGUGACUGUUGAAGUAAAGGAGGAAGUGACGAAACAGGACUUCUCCCUUGAGUCACUCCCAGAGCCACUACUGAUAAUCCUGUCCCCGCCUCCACCUUUCUUACCUGCCCCUGGUGAACCGACCAUGUUUUGGCAUAAGUGGCUUAAAGCUUUUGAACACUAUGUUGAAGCUCUCGGUGAAAACGAGCUCAUCGACUCCAGUAAGUGUGUGCUGUUACAGAACUGCCUUGGCCCAGAGGGUCAGCGUAUCUACACUACACUGAUCCAGAGUGAAACCACGUAUGCAGCAGCCAUCUCAGUGCUGACGGUUUACUUCAGCUCUGGUCGCACCUCUCAGAUGUACCGCCUUAAAUUUCAUCAGAGGGCUCAGAUGCCCGGAGAGACUGUAGAUCAGUUUGUGUCUGCAUUAGAAGAACUGCUGAGGCCUUGCAGCUAUGGAGACAUACAAGACAAACUAAUCCUGAAUCAUCUCAUUGAGAAAACCAGCUGGCCACAACUCAAGGAGAGGCUUGUGUUGGAGAGGGAAACUCUGACCUUGGACAAGGCAUUGGUUAUCGGUAAAGAGGUCGAAUCUGCUUUAAAUGAACCUGAAAUGUUUGGUAUUCACGAGGUCAGUGUGGAUAUUGGAGAUGAUUUAGACCCUCCUGUGCACAGAAAAGCCAAAAGAGGACGUCCUCGGCGUGGCAAGAGGAGGACAAAAAACAAAACAAAACCAUGCUCCACUAAAACUCCAACAAGAUCGUCUAGAUACAAAGAUAACUAUUACAUUAAUGAUAAGUUGUAUUCCAGUGAUAAUGACGAAGAUGAUGAAAUCAGUGUGGCUGAUAAUGAGCAACAGUGGAAUGAAGAUGAAGGCUGCGACAAAGAAAGUGAUGAUGAUGAUGAUGAUGAAGAGUAUGUCAUUUCUUCAACUAAACUAAAAGGCCCGUACUGUCCCAUAUGUACUGGCAGGCGGUUCAGAGAUGCAAACAAGCUCGCCAGACACAUGAGGACGCACACAAAGGAGAAACCGUUCAGCUGCCCCAUCUGUGCGAUGACUUUCAGUCAGUCCUAUCACACAACCCGACACCUGAGGAACCAGCACGGUGCCGGCCCCCACGUCUGCUCCACAUGCGGAGAAAGUUUAGGGAGCUUUGCAGAGCUGCAGAGUCACAAGAGGGCGCACACAUCAAAAGUUCUAUCAUGUCCCGUCUGUCAUGAAAAAUUCACAAACAGUGGUGCGUUUUUUAGUCAUAUCAUCUCACAUGGCAAAGACCAGUCUACCCAGAGAGCGGUACAGAAUUCCCAGAAGAGCGAUGAGGUGGAAAAACAAAUAAUCGACUCAUGUAACAAGGAUAAUCACAAGAGUGAUGAUUGUAACAACAACGCUGCUGAGAAGGACGCAGACUCUGGUAAUAUUGAUUCUCAGGAUAACGGAUCUGAAGUUAGUGUCAAGACAGAAGAUAAGGACAUUGAUGAAGCUAAAUGUCAGGAUGGAGGCAGUCAGAAAGAAAAAGUUCCCUCUAAGACCAAAAUAAAAGGCCAUUUCUGUCCCAUUUGUGUCGGCAGGCGCUUCAGAGGGCCAAACAAGCUCGCCAGGCAUAUGAGGACGCACACAAAGGAGAAACCGUUCAGCUGCCCGGUCUGCACUAUGACCUUCAGCCAGUCCUACCACAUGACCCGACACCUGAGGAACCAGCAUGACUUAGGCCAGUACGUCUGCCCUAAAUGUGGGAAAAGUUCAAGUAGCUGGCUGGAACUCAAAGCACACAAGAAGACUCAUGCAGUCGAAGGCCUCACAUGUCUUGCAUGUGAUAAACAGUUCAAGGAGAAGGCUGCGCUUGUGAGUCAUCUUAAAUUGCACAAAAAGGUCCAGUCUAGCCCCCGAAGCCUCAUCUGCGAUGACUGUGGAAAAGUAUUUGGUCGAAUGUAUCAUUUGAAAAGACACAUUGUGACUCAUCGCAAAGGAUCAGACAGCGAGCAUUACACAUGCCCUGAUUGUCAGAAGAAUUUUGCCUUCCCAGAAGACCUCAACAAACACCUGGAGAUUCAUGUGAAAGAAAACAAUGGGACAUGCCCAAAAUGUAACGAAUCCUUCAGCAGUCCGGAAGAACUGGACACGCACAUGGGGGUUCAUGACAAGUCUUACACCUGCAACACCUGUGGGAAGAAGUUUAAGGUCGAGUACGCGCUGAAGAAGCACGAGCAAGGCCACCAAGAUGAACAGUAUUAUUGUUCGUUGUGCCGCAAGCGCUUCAUCAAGCUGUCUCACUACAAGAGGCACGUAAUGGUCCACAACAGACGGGAAUCCAGAUGUCCACACUGUGACAGCGUCUUUCUACAGCUACGAGCUUUGAAGUAUCACCUGCGGACUCAUACAGAGGAAAGACCGUACCAGUGCAGCUGCUGCAUUGAGACCUUUGAGGAGAAGGAAGAUCUAGAGCAGCAUUGCCUCAAACACAGGAAAUUUAAGAGGGAGAGGCCGUACUCGUGCACUCGGUGUGAUUACGCGUUCUCUACGCUAAUUGAGCUGACAGAACACAUGAGCUCACAUGAUGGAGAGCAGCCGUUGAACUGCCCCGUCUGCGGCAAGACUUUCCUCAACAAGAACAAGCUGGAGAAGCACCUGAGCAUCCACACAGGGGAGAGACCUCACCUCUGCUCCAUCUGCGGCAACGGCUUCCCCUCAGCCGCCAGCCUCAAGUUACACAUCCACAUCCACACCGGAGAGAAACCCUUCCAGUGUUCGCAGUGCAGUAAGAGCUUCAGGUCGUCCAGUGGGCUGCGGCUGCACAGCAGACAGCACAUGGAGGUGCGUCCCAGCUACUCGUGUCCCGAGUGUGGCAGAACUUACGGCCGCAUGACGGAGCUGAAGAUGCACCAGCGCUAUCACACGGGGGACAAACCGUACGCAUGCACCUGCUGCAACAAACGCUUUAUUAGCAAAGACAAGCUGAACGUUCACAUGAGGGUACACACAGGGGAGAGGCCGUACUCCUGCCCACACUGUGGACAGACAUUUACACAGACUGGGGACAGAAACAGACACAUCAGUAAAUACCACUAGUUAGAUACUGUUGUCACUGAAGUCCAGUGAGGCUUUGGUUGUCGCUUUUGAAUGAUCGUACUGGUGGUUUUGCAUGUUUGUAUGGGUAGAUAGCAUUAAGAAUCUAUUCAGAUUCCAUUUCUUCUUAUAUUGUUUGAGACAGAAUAAGAAACAAAGAUAUGCUCAAAGCUAACUUGGGCAGAUUUCAGUUGCCAUGAACACUAAAUUGUCAUAAAUCGUGAGGUUAUGUGAUGUUUUUGAAGAACAUCGAUAUUCUCUUGUAGAAGAAAAAUAAUAAAACACCACAAUGUAAGGUCUUCAAUCAGUCAACCAGUGUUCAAUCACCACCUCUCUGACACAGUAUCAGCAAAUAUAAGUUUUAUGAGGAGUAUUUAAUGCUAGGGCUGAACAUCACAAGUACAGCCCUUGUUUAACAAGCCAAACAAAAUGUUAAAUGUCUAAACACAGGCAGUCUUAAGAGAACUUAAAAUAAAUAAAGUAGAUCUAAAAUUGACCAAUGAUCAAAAAUUAAGUAAAGAAGGAUAUGGAUCUGUGCAAGCUUCCCAUAGUUGACAAUUUACAAUACUUGGUGCUAGACACACAUUUCAUUGGUAACAAAUGCAUUGGGGGCCAUGUUAUUGGAUUGUCCUGGGAUUUCCAUUUUUCCGAUCACUGUUGAAAUGAUAAAGUGUUACAGAAUGGAAAUUAUCAUUCUGUCUUUUUGCAAAAAUUACAUAUAAGCAAACCAUAAACAGAAGCAUUAUUUUUGGAUUAUGGGUUGUUCCUUUACACAUGAGUGACGGGCGUGCACAUGGUUCCAGAGCUUUUAUGUUCCACAGUUUGCCUUGUAGAUUGGUCAAAAACUGGAUAUAAUCAGGGCCAUUUAAAUGACACUAAAGAUUUCAGAGGUCAUGUUUCAAUACCACAAUAUGUGUUGUCAUGAUAUUAUGUUUGUUUCGUUUCACUUUCUGAAAUAUUUAUGUAGGCAUCUCUGUAACCAAGCAUUUCUUAACUGUUUAGAAAAGUGCCAUGAAAAUAAAACUGUUGUUCACUGCACAUGUAAGAGGGUUUAUGAGCAGUGUGUGUUAAAGGUAAACAUGUAAACAGCGUCAUUUUAUUCACUUUCAGUGAAAGUGACAAUCAGUCAGGUGUAGACAGAAUGAAGUGAAUGAGUGUGUCGAUAUAUAAACCUCAUAAUCAUAUCUGUUAAGUAAUUUUUCAGUGUGAGUUACUCAAAGCUGUGCCUAUGAUUGAGGGCCUUGAUGCUAAAUGGUCUUUAAUAGAUGUGUGUUGUCCCUCAGGGGACCGUUUCAUGAUGAAGCAGGAUUUAAUCCAAUCAAUAAGCUUCAUUGGCGUCAGUCUUAAAGUUAAAUAAUUACAACUAUACUACUGAAUACAGUGAACUCGUACAUUUUCCCUUUAGACAUGUUGACAGGCAGAAAACAAUGGAGCAACGCAGCAGGUUUUUCCAUGCUGCAGCCCUGAGAGUUGUUUUAGUGAUUUAGUUAAUGUAAGCAAAUGUUAUUUGAAUCUCGGCAUAUAAUUAAUUGAAAACUAAAUGAAGAAAAAAAAUCCGAACUAAUACUAUUAAAAAAAAACAGCAAAAAAAAAAGGAUAUUUAUGACAAUAUAUUUUGUGUGUGAACAUGAAAAGGUAAUUGAGAUCAAUAAAUUAGCAGGACACAGGCAGUAAAAGUGAUUAUGUGUCCACAUGACGGUGCUGUGGGGAUGUAAAACUCAGAGGUACAAAGAUGAUCCUGCUUCCACACAACAUACAGUAUUACAGUAGUCCAGAUAGUAUUCAUUGUUCAUAAUUUUAUAAAAUAUAUAUAUGCAAAUCAGGCGAGCCUCUGUCAAAGUUGAAUCAUGUAGAAAGAAAAACACAACUGGUCUAAACAGGGACAUGAGAAUGCAAGAGUGUUUAGUUAUGGUAGACCUUUGUAUGAAAGUGUGCACAGCUGUGUUUAAAGACAGUAUUUCUGUGGAUGACUCUGCCUUGUAUCAGUGAGAUGUGUGUAUUAAUGUGUACCAGACACAGAUAUGAGAUCUGUGUGACAGGCUGCAUGACUGACUCCGUGUAGUAAGUAG